GUACAGUAGACCGGGCAGAUCGUCUGCGUUCUGCUUUCCGCUAGCUCGAUGCAAGGACGUUAUAUGAUGCUCGAUGCGUUUGUUUUUGCAGACUGUAAAGGCUAGGUCCGUUUUAUUGUCUGUUUGAGAUGGCUACAAACAGCACCAACGACUCGUUCGGUCUCGCCAACUCCACUGCCUUUGACUGGGAGCCGUUCUACUACGCCGACCCGCCCUACCGCGAGCUGCAGAUGGUUUGGCUGGCAGCCUGUACUGUUCUGGGGGUCUGCGGGAACAUGGCGCUCCUGAUCACCGUCUCGUGCGUACAGGAGCUGAGAACGCCCGGGAACGCCCUGCUCUGCGCUCUGGCCGUCGCCGACAUCUUCCAACUUCUCUCCAAAGUCCCCCCGUCUAUGAUCUUCUUGCUUCAUGGGAAGCCUUUGGCGUGUGAUGGUGUCUUUGUCAUCAUAGACACUGUGUACCUGACGGUGGGCCAGUUUGCAGUCAACAUCAUCGCACCGAUUUCCAUCGACAGAUACUGGUACAUCUGUUCCCCCCUGAAGUACAGCGAAACAAUGACGUCAACGCGAACCGCUCUCCUUAUUGGACUGUCGUUUCUCCUCGCCAUGGUAACGAUGGUGCAUCCUCUUCUAGAGGGAGGGAACAACUACUUUAACCCGCCAUACAUCUUCUGCAAAUACCUUGGCCUGGCUCGGAAGAGCAGACAAGCCAUGAUCAACGUGUGCAUCUUGGUGCCCAUGAUCACCAUGUUAUUUUGCUAUUACAAAAUCUGGCGUGAACUCAAACGACAUCAGAAUCGACACAACAAAGUAUCCCCCAUCACGCGCUCAGAGAUGGAGUACAGUGAGACUGCGCUCCCGCCCAUCACGGAGACGCGCCACGCCUCGGUCUUCUCAGAAGACGGUGACGCCGACGAUGAGUUGGAGGAACCCGCCUUCUCCACCGAGAAUGACACCCCCAAGUCAGACCGGCCGUGGGGUAAGAAAGCUUCACAACCUGACGCGGUACCGACAGAGGCCUGUUUGGCUGAAGGCUGCAGCAACAAGAAUGCUCAGAGGUCCACGGAAGCUACUGGAGAGAACCGACUGCAAUCGGUCACCUUGGCCUGGGAUGGAGUUCAGAUCUCCCCGGAGUUCCGAGCUCGGAUGAGGUCGGCCACCAUGGUUCUUCUCAUCGUGGCUGCCUAUGUGGUUUCCUGGGCUCCGUACUUUGCCGUGCUCAUCCGCAGCAACGCGCUGGGGGACGAAGUCUCCACCGCUACCGACGGUCCAUGGCAGCGGUUUGCCACCAUGUUCUCUCUGCUAUCCACCUUCUCUAACCCGAUCAUCUACGCCUAUCGGAACCCUCAGCUUCGAAAUGGUUUCUUCCGACUGGUACGCAGACGAAUACUGUAGACCUAAAGUUAACAGUUUAUUCAUGGUAAAUCUUACAUGUAGGUACAACAUCAAUAGGACAAGACAUAUAGAGAGCAGUCCUCAGACGGCUAGGGCAUGUAGAGAGAAUGGAUGAGGGAAGAAUUCACUAGAUAACUUUUACGUAGUCUGUGUAACACAAAGUCUGCUGUCCAGGACUGUAACUAGUACCUCUCCGCAGAAAUGUCCGUGGUUUGGGGUCACUGUCCGCCAGGGCUGUUGUGAAGCACACGUGCCUACGUGGCGCUAAUAACUUAUUGCAAUGUAACCCGAUUUGCUCAAAACGCUAUAAAAACGUGGGGACAGAGCAAAAUGUGAACAACUAUCUGCUCUUCUACAUAUACUAAUGUAUGGUCUGUAGCUUUGCCUGUUAAGCGCAGGGUGAGAAUACAUCUACACUGCACUGAGAUCUACAUUUAAGAAUUGUACUAGAGUCACCUAUUGUCUGUCACUCCAUCUUCUUGUGCCACGUCAGAGAUUUGGCAAAGUAGUUGGCAAAUCAAACGUACAGGGUAAAAACGAGAGGACAAGUUAGUAGCAUUCGUGCAGUUUGGAAAAAGAAACGGUAUACACAACAUC